AUUGGCCGCGGCAGCAUGACGUCAAUGCAUGGGCGUGUGCGUAUCAACAUCAACAAAAGAGAGAAAAGAGAAAGGAGCCUCCGAGAAGGGAUCCGUCCGACUAUAGUAACAGGCGAUAUGUGGAUUUAACUUGACAACACAGUAACAAGAUCAAAGUGCCAGCAGACAUGGAUGCCUAUAAGCUUAUGAAGGAGUUGAGGCAAAAUCAUGACCAAGAGGUUCAUUACCUCCCAAAGGAGACAGGACUCAGCCUCAUCGAGUCUUCAAGUCAGGGCGACUGUCGGAUCUCUGCAAAAUGCAGAGAUGCCAAAGUGGAGGAUCUGUGGAGCCUCAACAGUUUUUUUGGCUACACCACACAGACCUUUGUGUUGGCUGUUAACCUCCUGGACAGGUUCCUGGCUAUGAUGAGGAUUCAGCCAAAGCACCUGUCCUGCGUCAGCCUCAGCUGCCUUCACAUGGCUGCCAAAGAGACAGAGGAAGAGUGCAACCUCACGCCCACCGAUGAGCUCAUCCGAAUUGGGCAGUGUCGCUUCACCGUGUCCGACCUCUUCCGUAUGGAGAAAAUCAUCGCCGAUAAGCUCAACUUCAAGUCCAAAGCCGUCACUGCCUUAACCUUUCUACACCUGUACCAUCGCAUCGCACAGUCGCAUGCUACAGACAGGAAGAAUUCUCUGAAUCUUGAGAAGCUGGAGGCUCAGCUGAAGGCCUGCCUGUGUCGCAUCUCAUUCUCCAAAGCAAAGCCGUCCAUUCUUGCACUGUCUCUUCUGAGACAGGAGAUCCAAACCAUCCAGUCCGAGGACAUGUUGGAAAUAGCCUAUCACAUCCAGAGACACCUGAAGAUUUCCGACAGUGAGUUACUGAUGUGGAGUGAGCGCGUUGCUCGGUGCCUGCGCGACUACGCUUCCCCAGAGUGCAACAAACCCAACCACAAGAGAUUGCAGUGGAUCGUGUCCCGACGAACGGCACAGAACCUGCACAGCAGCUACCGCAGUGUCCCAGAGCUGCCCACCAUCCCAGAGUGCUGCUGGAAUGAGAGCGAGGAUUCAUCAGAGGACGGCAUGAGUUCAGGAGAAGAAUCUCUCAGCAGCUCUUUGGGCAGUGAUGCUGAAGGCCAUUUCUUCCCCGUCCACCUAAGACGCCAAAAACACCGCCAUCACCUCUGCAUCUGACGCUGUGAACACCAGUGUGCCUGGUCUCUACCUUCCCCAUCUUAUCCUCGCCUAUUAAUUUAUUGUCUCUAAUCAACCUCUUUGCCAGUUUAGAAGGACACCAUUGGCCAGACGUCAUUUUUUUUGGUUCUAGAUAACUGCGUGUUUAGAGUCACAUUCCAGAAGAGCAGCUCAAAUCUACACCUCAUGCUGCUGAGUUCAGAGCACAAAUCCUCAGAUCGUAUGGUGCUUUUUUGAAAAGAUGUUUGACUGUUAUUAAGCCUAUUUGUUAAUCCACAAUGAGGCGGUUUACUUAAGUACGGAAGUUAAGAGCAGCAGCAGAAUACUAGAGAGAGCAAGGUUAAAUUCCCAGUGUCACUUAUGGUGAACUUGACCUCUGCAGCCCUGGUAUGACGACAAAAGGUGGAACAACUAAAUUCAGAGCUCAGUCUCGCAGCAGCUGCUCUCACCUCCUGUACUCAUAUUUAAUUUGCACAGUUUGGUUAUUAGUGUUGUGGGUCAGACUGGAGUUGAUGUUUGUAUUGAAGCAUGACAGAGGACAGAAUCGACCCAGAUUUUGCUUAAAUGUAUGGCGAGUGUUCGUGGAUAUAUUUGCGUGUGUGGUACUGGUAUAAAUACUCAAGUUGCCAAUUUUAGGAUGUUGUUUGUGUAUGUGCGUGCGUGUGUUUUACAAAUGUCCAGAGAAUGUUGAAAGGAGCAAAAAAUGACCAUGUGUCAAAAAAAAGUUUAAAAUUGUAGAAAACAUGUUUAUAAAAAGAAUGUAAAAGUGUAAAUGAUGUAAAAAAAAUGUGAAUAGUUCUUGUAGAUAGCAAGUUAUUUAUUGUUAAUGUUACCAAUACUUAAAAAAAACAUUAAAAAGUUUUAUUUUUAUUUA